AUGGAAAAUCCUGCUGAUACGAUGAAGGUUUAUGCUGAGAUGAUGGUUAAGGUGCAAGCUCAGAUGGCCGCUAUGAUGGCAAAAGAUGAGGCUUGUGAUAAGGAAACAGGGGAACUGAAAAAGAAGCUUAAGGCUCUUGAGAAGGAUAACAGAAAGCUAAAGAAGGAAAGUGAAUCCAACAAAAAGAGUCUUGGUGCACUUAGAAAUGAUAACAGGAAGCUAAAGAGAAAUAUCGCGGCAAUGAGAGCCGGCGAGGAAGGAAUUGAGGUUAUCGGUGAAUCAGCUACUCCAACACUACAUAAAACCAUAACUUAUGCAAAGACUGGUGAAAGUGAUGAGGGAACAGUCGAGAAGUUCUCUUUGGGUAUAAGUAGACCUGACUUUGGUGGACAACUUGAUGUUAGCCGCGAGAUUGUGGGUAAUCUGCUCAAAUCUGUCCUUGAUCAACCUAUUAAGUUUGUCGAGACUCUUGUGCUGAAAAUGGUAAAGGGUCUUCUUAGUAAGAACGCUGCUGUUGAUCUUCCAAUGGAAAGUGAGACUAUAACCGUUAAGAAUGAAAGUGAAGUUGAAGAUGCGGUUAGACUUAGUGCUGAGAGAAUUAUAGCUAAGAUUGAAUCUUACCAGGAUCGUGGUAGCAAUUGGAGGGUGAUCUUAGUUGAGAAACAUGAGGUUGAUGUUGUUCAUUUCAAUCCGUUGGUUGGCAGUUCAUUUAUCGAGUUACCUGCUCCUCUGAAGUCUGAUAUGAAUGGGUUAAUUAACAUUGUGAACACUGAUGAUGAUGAGUGCUUUAGAUGGUGUCAUGUAAGACAUCUGCGUCCGGGUCAGAGAGCAACUAAGAUUACCAAGGCUGAUAGGAAGUUUGCUGAGACACUUAACUACAACGGUAUCAAGUUCCCUGUGAGGAUAGAUGAUAUCCCUAAAAUUGAGAAGGCAAAUAAGAUCAGAAUGACUGUGAUUAUGUUGAAGGGAGAGAAGAUGUUCUUUCCGAGGUAUACAUCAAAGUUUGACUAUAAGGAUCACAUGGAGUUGCUGUUGAUAGAUGAUGCUGAGGGAAAUACUCACUAUGUCCUUGUGAGGGAUAUUAGCAUGUUACUCAGUAGUCUAAGUAAGACUCAACAUAAGAGAUUUUACUGUCUUAGUUGCCUUAAUGGGUUCAACUCACAGGAACGAUUGGAUAAACAUAGUGGGACGUGUAGAGAGGUGAAUGGAACGCAGAAAACUAUGAUGCCAAAAAGAGGUAGUAAAGUUGUAUUCAAAAAUCAUAAGAGACAGUUACCUGUUCAGUUUGUGAUAUAUGCCGACUUUGAAUCUUUGCUGAUUCCUGUUGAUGGGGAGGGUAAAUGUCUGCGUAAGACGCAUGACCAUGAGAUGUGUAGUUAUGGUUUCAAAAGAGUGUGUUACUAUGAUGGUAAGUAUGAUGGUGAAUAUAGGAGCUAUAGGGGAGUUGGCGCAAUUGGUAGAUUCCUGAGUGAGCUGUUGGGUGAAGUUGAGAAGUGUAAUGAAAUUAUACAAAAUGAGUUCAACAAGGAAGUUGUCAUGAGUGUAAAAGAUUAUGAUAAACUUGAAAAGGCAACUGAGUGUCACAUUUGUGGUGGUAAGUUUAGUGAGGGUGAUAAGAAGGUGCUUGAUCAUUGUCAUGUUACUGGUAAGUUUAGAGGUGCUGCUCAUAAUUCAUGUAACCUGAAUCAUAAGUUGACUGGAAAGAUUCCUGUUGUGUUUCACAAUCUACGCGGCUAUGAUGGUAACUUUAUUAUGCAAGGUGUUGCUGAACUUGGUGAGAAGAUUGAAGUGAUUGCAAAUAACAUGCAAAAAUAUAUGUCCUUCACAGUUGGUAAACAGUUGGUCUUCAUUGACUCGAUGCAGUUCAUGAGCAGUAGUCUUGAGGCUCUUGUGAAGAACCUUAACAAUGAUCGUUUUGGGAGAAUGCAGAGUGAAUGGCAAGGAGAGGAGCUUGAGAUGCUACUUAAUAAGGGAGUUUAUCCUUACGAUUAUAUGAGUUGUUGGGAGAAAUUUGGUGAGAAGAGCUUGCCUGAGAAAUCUGCAUUCUACAGUUCAUUGUAUAAGGAGGAGGUUAGUGAUGAUGAUUAUCUUAGAGCAUGUAAUGUGUAUGAGAAGUUUAGUUGUAAGAAUUUAGGUGAUUAUCAUGACUUAUAUCUUAAGACUGACGUGUUACUGUUGGCGGAUGUAUUUGAGGACUUCAGAAGAGUUUGUCUUGACAGUUAUAAGUUAGACCCUGCACAUUACAUAUCUGCUCCUGGCCUUAGUUGGGACGCUAUGCUGAAAAGGACAGGUGUAAAACUGGAUCUGCUUUCUAAUGUUGACAUGUACCAGUUCAUUGAGAAGGGAAUGCGCGGUGGGGUAAGCUAUAUUGGUCAUAGAUACGCGAAGGCUAAUAAUAAAUAUAUGAGUGACUAUGAUCCUGGAAAACCUAGUAGCUACAUAAUGUAUCUCGAUGCGAAUAACCUCUACGGGUGCGCAAUGAGUGAGGAGCUGCCAUAUGGAAAAUUUAGGUGGAUUGAUGCUGAUAAAAUUAAGCUUGAAGAUUAUGGUAAAGGUAAGGAGAAAGGCCUGAUACUGGAGGUUGAUCUUGCAUAUCCGAGUGAACUUCAUAAGUUACAUAGUGAUUACCCAUUAGCUCCAGAGAAGAUGGAAAUUACUGAUGAUAUGUUAAGUGAUUAUGCAAUGUAUAUGAAAGAGGCUCAUGGAGGUAGGUCAACUGGUGUUAAAAAGUUGGUAACCACACUGACUGGGAAAACCUCCUAUGUAUGUCAUGUUAAUAAUCUCAAGCUGUACAUGGGGUUGGGAAUGAAGCUGGUGAAAAUAAGAAGAGCACUUGAGUUUGCUCAUUCAAAGUGGCUCAAGGGUUACAUUCAGUUUAACACUGAUAUGAGAACAGUUGCUAAAAAUGACUUUGAGAAAAACUUCUUCAAGUUAAUGAAUAACUCUGUGUUUGGAAAGACAAUGGAGAACCUUAGAAAAAGGGUUGACGUAAAACUGAUGGUUGAUGGUGAUAGGUUAAAAAAGGCGGUUGCUUCACCAUGUUUUGUAAGAGCUAAAGUGUUAAGUGGCGGUUUAGUUGCGGUUAAGAAGGUAAAGGAGGUGUUACUCUUGAACAAGCCUGUUUAUAUUGGAAUGAGUAUUCUUGAUCUGUCGAAAACAGUAAUGUAUGACUUUCAUUAUAAUCAUAUAAGAAAGAUUUAUGGUAGUCGAGCAAAGUUACUUUUCACGGAUACAGAUAGUUUAAUGUACAGGUUGCACACUGAUGAUGCGUAUAAAGAUGCGGCGAAGUUUUCUGAUAAGUAUGAUACCAGCGACUACAGUAAGGACUCACCCUUCUAUGAUGCGACUAAUAAGAAAGUCCUCGGUAAAUUUAAGGAUGAAGCUGGCGGUGUACCUAUAAGAGAAUUCAUCGGUUUGCGGUCAAAGAUGUACAGUUAUGAGAAAGACUGCGGGAAAGUUGAGAAGACAGCUAAAGGUAUAAAAAAGUAUGUAAUCAAAAAGUUCAUCACUCAUGAAGACUAUAAAAGAACGCUGGUGGAGGGUCUUCAGAUGAAACAUAGUAUGAACGUUAUAAGAAGCAACUGUCAUGACGUUGGAACAUACAAUUUGAGAAAGGUCUCACUGAGUGCCUUCGAUGAUAAAAGGUUCCUGCUCACUAAUGGAAUCUCAAGUCUUGCAUAUGGACAUGUAAAACUGAGUUCAGGCAAGGAUAAUCACCGGUUAGGUUGUCAAAACAGACUUAAGAGUUAAUUCCUACACCAAAUAGGGAAGGUAAAUGGAGAGGUUGUUGGAGCAGUAAAAAGUGACUUCAAUUUGUCAUUCAUAGAAGAAAAUGAAAAUAAAAGUGAUGUUUUUUACAUAAAAUGUGUGUUAGGGGGAAUCUAGAAGAGGCAAACCGGUGAAAUCUCGGGAGUUGGGCGAGGUACGAAAAAUUUUGAAAAAUGAGCAAAAGUGUGCUUGA